GGCAAUUGAGCACUUCACGCGCGAGUGUUGACCCGAAGUUAGGCGAGGUCUGGGGAUUCACAGCAAUUCUUCUGCACAGUAGUACACAAUAUAGCUUGAAUACAUAGCAUGGGUGGAGGAGCGUCAAAAGCGAGGGAGCUGGAGAUACGGCAGAAGCUGGAGGAGGCUGAGAAGCGAGCUGCUGAGCUGCGCACGCAAGCGGAGGAGAUGCAGUCUCAGCUGCGGUCACACCAAAUAACAAUCGAUGAAACGCGUCGGGAGCUGCUGUCGGAAGAGCUGGGGGAUGCCAUGGACCCUGCACCCCCUGAGGAGGCGGCGGCCGCGGCCCCGGCCGCGGAGGCCCCAGCCGAGUCCGCCCCGGCUACGGUGGCAGAUGCCGACGGCGAAGGUCAAGAGGCGGGCAAGGCGGCAGAUGCCGACGGCGAAGGUCAAGAGGCGGGCAAGGCGGCAGAUGCUGAUGGCGAAGGUCAAGAGGCGGGCAAGGCGGCGCUCGAGGCGUCCUAGCACACAGGCCACAGGGGCGGGGCCGGCCGGCAGGGGGGGCGUGCAGCGGCUGAUGACGGGCCAUGGUGGACCCGGAGCGGGAGGUCAAGGCUGCCCCGCCCGCCCGCCCUGCUCGACCCGCGGCGGCGGCGGCGGCUGCCCGGCGGCGGCGGCGGCGGCCUGCGUGCGCUCGGUGCGCGUGGGGCCCUGUGUGGUGCUGCAUGUGUGGUGGUACAUGUGGAAUGCAGCAUGUGAAAUGCAGCAUGCGAGGGGCUGCAUGCGCGAGUGCAGGGUGUGGGGUUGGCGGAGCGGGGGCGGGGAUGGUUUGCGUCAGGAAUAAUUGACUCGUACCACUGUUGCUGUCGGUUUAAGUAGGACUGAGGAGGAGAACAUGCAUGCAUGUCGCAAAGCGGCUGGUGCCGGUGAGGUGUAGGUAGGGCAUGCGAGCAUGCAUGGCAGCAUGAGCAGCGGGGGUGGGCGGCUCUCUUAGUCCUGAAUGUGUGUAUGCUUCCCGUCGCAACAUGUGAAGGUUGGGGGGAACGGGUACGGGUAGUGUCCGUGGCUCUGAGGUGGGGCUGCAUGGCCGCCCGGCAAGGUGUGACCGUGGGUGUUUUGAGGCACGGGCCCCAGAGGCCGACGUGGCUUGAGUGAGCAACAUGAAGGUGAGACGACGGGAAAGCAUGCACGUAUUACAGCGGUAGCGUCAGCCAAUUUAGCAGGCGUCCACGUUACUGGGCCUGUAUGUCCUGGACGAAGCGACAUUACUCUUGAGACUUUGCGCUGCACCGCACCUUUCGCGUGGCCUCGCUCCCCUUCUGGGAAUAGCCAUGUCUGUAUGGAAGGAGGUAGGCUUGAGACUGCGGGGUACGGUGUUUAAGGCAUUGCUGCCGCAGUGCCGCUGCUGACCGCGGCCGCCGCAGCAGACACAGAAAUGGAUAUGCGCGCAUGUGUCACAAAUAUUUGCAUGCAGCACUACGGUACGCAGCAGCCUGCGUCAUUCGGUCCAGGCGUGGCCUUGGGCGGAGCACGCGGCGGUUGCGGCACUGUGUGAACUGUAAAGAUGCUGGCAU